UGUUGGGACCGUCUUCUGUCCCCGAGGCUGGAUUCCCUCAUAUUUAAAUUUAACUCUUGGUCCAGGAAUCCUGCCUGGAAUCAUGAUGGAUUUCCUCAGAAAUCUUCUGUCAGCAGAAUUUUUCGAGAUGCUGGAAAAAAUGCAGACUCCCAAACUGGAAGAGCAGAAAAGUAGCAGCCAGAAAAAUAAGGAUGACUACAUACCAUAUCCCAGCAUUGAAGAGAUCCUGGAGAAGGACACCACUUACCCACUCAUCAUUCUGCCUCAGUUUGGGGGAUAUUGGAUAGAAGAUCCAGAAAAUAUAAGCACUCCAACAUCUUCAGACAGUAGUAUAUGUGAUGAAGAAGAAGAACCCAUGAGCCCCAGCACAUAUGGAUAUAAAUUAGAAUAUAAAGGCUCAGCUCGGGCAUACAGAAAACACUUCUUGGGGAAGGACCAUCUAAAUUUUUACUGCACUGGAAGCAGCCUUGGAAACUUGAUUCUUUCAAUUAAAUGUGAAGAAGCCGACAGCAUAGAAUAUUUAAGAAUUAUACUCAGGUCUAAAGCAAAAACUCUACAUGAACGAAUCCCGCUGGCUGGGUUCAACAAACUUCCCAGUGUUCCCCAGAUAGCAAAGGCCUUAUGUGAUGACGCCACUGGGCUCAAAUUUAAUCCUGUUCUCUACCCCAAGGCGUCACAAAUGAUUGUUGCUUAUGAUGAACAUGAAAUCAACAAUACCUUCAAGUUUGGUGUUAUAUAUCAGAAGUUUAGGCAAACACUAGAAGAGGAACUUUUUGGCAAUAAUGAAGAAAGUCCUGCCUUUAGAGAGUUCUUGAGCUUACUCGGAGAUACUGUCUUGCUUCAAGACUUCAAAGGUUUUCGUGGAGGGCUGGAUGUAGCACAUGGACAGACGGGCACUGAGUCCAUUUACACUGCAUUCAGAGACAAGGAGAUCAUGUUUCAUGUGUCAACUAAGUUACCGUUUACAGAAGGAGAUACCCAGCAGCUGCAAAGGAAAAGACACAUUGGGAACGACAUAGUAGCAAUUGUGUUCCAAGAAGAGAACACGCCUUUUGUUCCUGACAUGAUUGCGUCUAACUUUCUGCAUGCGUACAUUGUGGUGCAAGUGGAGAAUCCAGAGACGGACUGUACAACGUACAAGGUCUCUGUGACAGCACGAGAAGAUGUCCCGUCUUUUGGGCCCCCGCUUCCAAAUCCACCAGUAUUUCAAAAAAAUGCUGAGUUUCGUGAAUUUUUACUGACUAAACUUAUUAAUGGAGAGCAUGCCUGCUGCAAGUCUGACAAGUUUGCUAAGCUUGAGGACCGGACAAGAGCUGCUCUUUUGGACAAUCUUCAUGAUGACCUUCAUGUGCAUACACAGGCUAUGCUUGGCUUAGGUCCAGAAGAAGACAAGUUUGAGAAUGGCGCUCAUGGAGGUUUCCUGGAGUCCUUCAAAAGAGCUAUUCGGGUACGCAGUCAUUCCAUGGAAACUAUGGUGGCAAGUCAGAAAAAGCAUCAAUCCGGGGGCUUAUCUGGGAGCCUGAGCGGAGGCAUGGUGCACACAACUGCUGAAAUCACCAAAACCACGUUCUCUCCUCCUGCAGUGGUAACAAAGACACAGUCCAAGAGCCCAAUAAAACGGAGAUCUGGUCUCUUCCCCCGAAUGCACACUGGAGCUGAAGCACAGUCUGAAGGUCGGACUCGAAGUGAUAGCAUGCCUGCCACGCCGAAGACCCCAGAUUGUGGCCAUUCAUCACAGGAUGUCAAAUCGGAAACAUCAUCAAAUCCAAGUUCGCCAGAAAUAUGUCCCAACAAAGAAAGACCAUACAUUAAACUGAAAGAGAAUGGGAGAUCCAACAUCUCUCGCUCUUCAUCCAGUACCAGCAGUUUCAGCAGCACGGCUGGAGAGAGCGAGGCCAUGGAGGAAUAUGAAAGUGUGGGCAGCCAACCUCUGAACGCAUCACCCUACAAACAGGAGGUGUUUGUCUACAGCCCGUCGCCUAGCCACGAGAACCAUACUUCCACUACCCCUGUAAUCAUGAGCAGGAGCCCUACAGAUGUAAAGAGUAAAAAUUCCCCAAGAUCCAACCUCAAAUUUCGUUUUGAUAAACUCAGCCAGUCAAGUUCCGGCUCAAGUACAUGAACUGACGCCCUGUGAAAGUGGAACUACCAACUUUAAAACUGGCCUGCGAGGGUAUAGUCACUCCACAAAAAGCUACUGCCACAAUGAAUUCAUGGAAAUGUCUAACUGCCAAGCUGUUUCCCACUAAUCAAAGAACGAACUGCCAUCUUAGUGCACUCCUUGUGUCCUGUGACACUCGUCUUGUGAACGGAGUUUAUAGUAUGACCUGUCUUGUCCAAUAGUGGAAUUGACUCUUGCCCAUAUUUUUCUUUCACAUUAUCUAAAGCAGAGAUUUUUUUUAUUUUAAUGUGAAGCACCGUACUUGCACGGACUAUAUAGCACCUCAUCACCGAGUGCCAAGUUUAUUAAAGGAGAUUCACUGGAAUUUGGGAAUUCUUACCACAAUUUUGGGCAUUCUCUCUAGGUGGUACUUGAUGUUUGAUACAGUGAUAUCUGCUGUUCCAUCUACCUUAGGAUCUUCAUGUGGCACGUCUCAUUUCUGCCAUAGAGUCAUAUCAGAUGACCUAUAGAGGUGAACGGUUUCAUUAAACAUGGCUGCUUUUUGCCACCUUAUGCAACAUAUAUGCACAAGUGCAUCUGAAUGUGCUAUGGCUUGAAGAACGAAUCCAAUAUUGGGAAAUAUCACAAAUCAGGGUCCCAUGACAUAAGCAUAAGUUAAGGCACAGAAUAGGUCAUCAUCCUCGUUACACAUUGGUGCACAUUUGCUAAGACUCUCUAAAGUAAGACAGUGGGAACUUAGACGACUGGACAAUCUUAAACUGCAUCAGAUUUAUCCCCGUGGCUGAUGCCUGCUGGUAAAUCUGGUUUACCUAUAGACUGUCUAAUAUAAAGGUGUCUUUAAGGCUGUAUUGGUUGCAAUCCUGGAGGAGAUUCCCGGCAAUCACCUGCUCAUUAGCAGAGAAGACCACUGCUAGUACAUGCAGCGAUCUCCUCCAUAGUAUGGGGAGGAAUGAUCGUUAUACCACUGCUUGUCCUCAUGAUGUCCAGUUGUUUGCCGACAGCAGAUUGUGAUUAGACAGUACAAUCUGCCGCCGGCAAACAAUGAUUUUUAAAGCUGUUGAAAGAUUCCAAUUGCCCAAUGAACAUGUUUUUGCUCGUACAUCGGCGGCAGUAUUACACUGCCAGAUCACCACUAAAGAGCGUUCGUACAAACUCUAGUUAGCGAUAAUCUGGUAGAUAAUCUGCCAGUCUAGUACAGGCUUUACGCUGCACGAUUGUUGGGUAGAUUAUCAAGGAUGAACGUUCGUAGGAACGCUCAUUUCCAAUUUAUUUUUCCCAUUUAAAGCUGCUGCUGAUCACCCGAUGAACGAUCAAAACGCUUUUUCAUCUGAUGAAACAAUCGUUCAUGCGGACACAGAAGUCAUAGUUUCUGGGCAGCAGGUUGCGCGGUGUAGAGAAUAAUCUGCUCCCCAGAAACAAUGAAUUUGUACGGGGAUGAGUGAUAGCAGUAGCCAUCGCUCACCCUCAUACAGUGCUUCAACCCCACUGACGAGCAGACAUUUGUCGUGAAGGAACACUUCCGUACUGAUAAUCAGCUGCUUCAUCAGGCCAUGUUUACACCACUUAUUUGUUGACUUAAUUGAUGCCCAUAAAAUUGACAAAUUUUUGGGCUCACGAUCACAUUUAGACCCUUGUCGGAUGAGUUGCAAACAGUGUCUGAAAGUGUCUAAAUAACUUAACAAAUGUGUUGCAGGCAUGUACGUCAGGUUUCUGUUUUGUUUUGGGUUUUUUUGGGCACAAAUUACAGCAGAAUUCUGGCACUGAUCAGGAAAUCUCCCCUGUUGUGUUUUUAGUUCUGGAAAAUCUCCUUGAGUGUGGAUGUGGGCUAGACUAAUGCUCGGUAAUAUCAUCUGGUCACAGGAACAUGUACCGUACUACCCACUCUUGAGAAAUAAUCUUGAUGCAGAGAAUUUGGAUUGAAAAUUGGACAGUAAUGCCAUAUGUUUCAGCACUUUUUCCACCUCUGUGGAAUUUCGUAGAUACAGGUGGUAGCUGCCACAUUGUGUUCACUUGAAGCUUUGCUCCAGAAUUAUAAAAACCAAAGUUUAAAACUGACGACAGGGGAUGCUGCAGGGGUGAGAGUAUGGAUGACCAUGAAGCAAGUGAGGUGUACGCACCUAGGCAGGUCAUCCAUUAUUUGCUUCAGCAACUGGCCAAGGAUGUAUUCCUACACGGAUCCUCAAAACACGGACACUGGCCGUGUGCACACCGUAUCACGGUGCAGAUCCAUCGACUUCAAUGGUUCUUUGGUCCGCAUGUUGUGACAUACAGGACAUCUAUCUUUUGCAGCAGCUAUUCAUAUGCUUGCUCCAUGGUGGAUCCGCACAGCCGAUAUUAGUGUUUAACAGUUCCAUGGUUUGCAGACCACGAAACACUUAGGGGGAAAUUUAUCAUGAGGAGAAUAUGUGAAGUUACUUUUGCUUGAGUCUGUGUUGGAGUACUUUGUGCCACAUUUAUCAAAUGUCACAGGUUGUUUGAUAAAUUUGGCUUGUCCUUAAACCUAACUCUUCUGUCUAGAGCAGCUACUCCAGUUUUCUUACUCCACCCUCCUCCUAGAGUAAGAUUGCGACUUUUUGUGACUUUAAAAAAAACCUGCAAUGAUAAAUCUGGAGCGAAACUCAUUAACAUAGCUAACCACGCCCACUGUUCCACCCAUUUUACUAAACUGGAGUGAGUGGUGUAAAAAUCCAAAAAGUUGCAAAAUUUUGCUCAAGUGAGUGUAAAAGUUGCAAGAGCCAUACUUUGUGACUUUUUGAUGCCAGAAUUUUGGAGUGAAUGUAUGAUAAAUCAGGGCCUUACAGCCUAGUGCAGGGAUGUCAAACUCGUGGCCCUCCAGCUGUUGCAAAACUACAACUCCCAUCAUGCCUGGGCAUACCACAGCUAUAAGGGAAUGAUGGGAGUUGUAGUUUUGCAACAUCUGGAGGGCCAUGAGUUUGACAUCCAUGGCCUAGUGAAUGCCCCCUAACCCAACUUUUUGUCAGCAUCUGUCUUCAGUUUUAAACUUCAGCAGAGCUACACUUUAAAGGCUUUUGGCACCUUUAGGUUUAUGUUUUUAUCAUUCAGUUUUAAACCUUUUUGGACUAAAUAUCAGUUUUCCAAUUUGUUUUUUUAAUUAAGAAAAGUGCAGUUUUUCUCUACUGCUUUCGCUUUCAGUGCAUCUUCAGACUAAUGAUCUCUGCCUCAAAGUGAAUUCAGCUGGAGAUUACAGAGUGCCACUGUAUGUUUGAGAUAGACUAUAUCUACAGUAUAUUAGAUCAGGAAGAAGUCUCACUAUGACCACUUCCUCCACAGCAUUCACAGAGCUGGAUUCUGUGUUACAUCCAAAAAUUCUUGCCCAAAACUGGGGCAAAUCUUAUAAGGGUACAUCCCCAAGAUUAGGUUUCCCGAUGCAGUUUUGGAAGCCAAAAUCAGGAGUGAAUAAAAAAUAAAAAAAUAAAGAGAAUUUGUAUCUGUCCUUUAUACUUUCUCUCUUUCUAUGAUCCUCUCCUGGUUUUCAAAACUGCCUCAGGAAAUCUGUG